AUGUUGCGCUUUACACUUCGCAGUCUUGGUGGUCAGCGGCGGUGGUGGAAAGAAGGACGACCGGACUUUGCCCGUGCAAAUGAGAGACGGCAGCAACUUGAACUCCGCCGCAUUGACGCCAGUCAUUACUACGCACCGGUGGAACCCACACCAGAACAGGCCUGUACACUCUAUAGACAACUGUUAAAGGCGGGCCAUGCACAGUUGCGCGUAACAGACAAGAAGUAUUAUACGAAAAAAGUACGUUAUGAGUUUGAGGUGACAGCACGGCAGACAAGCGCACGUGUUCGUGGAAUUAUGUUUGAAAAAGGUCAGUGGAUGCUGAAGAAUAAACUUGGCGGUAUCGUAUGA